AUGGUAUCAGAUAAUGCAACAAAUAUAACUAAAGCAGGAGAUCUACUCAAGUGUGAACUCCAUCUUGGAUGCUACGCUCAUACUCUAAACUUAGCUGUUCAGAAAUGUUUGGGAGUCCAAUCAGUUGCACGUCUUCUUGCCCGAGUCAGAAAGAUCGUUGGUUUUUUCCACAGGAGUAGUGUUACAUCUGCAAUGCUGAAAACACAAGCAUCUCUGUUGGAACUUCCUUAUCACAAACUUGUUACUGAUGUUACUAGGUGGAACAGUGCAUAUGAGAUGCUUGAUGGGUAUAUAUCUAUGCAUGCAGCUGUAUUUAGUGUCCUGGUAAGCAAGGAUCUUAAAAACAAGGAUAAAGACUUAAAGUUUCUCACUGAUGAUGAAACUACCCUUUCUGAGGAUAUUAUUACCUGUUUUAAACCACUGAAGGCAAUGGCCACAACAAUGUGCAGUGAAACAAGUCCUACAGCUUCCAUUAUUUUGCUUAUACAUUACCAGCUACUUGAUCAUGUUCUUCUCCCAAAAGAAGGUGACUCUCCAACAAUAGGAUAUGCUACAAAAGAAAACAUGUUGAACAAAGUAUCAACCCUUGAUCCUCGUUUCAAAACACUACCUUAUUUACCUGAGGAGGAUCGAUUGUCAGUUUUUGACACAUUAGUGAGGGGGCAGGAAAUCUUUCUAACACGAACACAAAGAUUACUGAAGACUGAGCCAGUGAACAAUGCUGACAAUCCACCCAUUCUAGAGAUUCCUCCUCUGCCUGUAUUGGCUACAGUUUCAAAUGAUUCUGCUCCUCACCCUCCUGAGGAGAAUCCUAUUCCUCCAAAGAUCAUGAAAAUUGAGUCAAAAUCGAAACCUUCAUCUAGUACCCUUGGUGACAUCCUUGGUGAUAUUUACAUAACUAAAGUGCACCUUUGA